ACUAUUCCUCUUCCAAUUCGGUGCCCCAAAUUCUGAAUCCCCCAUUUAUCAAACAAGAACCCUAAUUUUUCACUUCAAUUCCCAACUGAAUCUCGCCUUCCGAUCAGCAACAAGAUGUCAAUCCCACCGAAUUCAUCAGCAUCAUCAUCAUCUUCAUCCCAAUUCACAUACUCCAACAGCAACGGCUCCUAUUUCCCCAUGCCCUUUCACCUUCAACAAUCGCAAACCUAUUCUUCUGCCGUUGCUCCUCCUCCUCCGCCGCCCGCGGUGGUUCCGUACCCCGCUCCGCCGCCCGUCUACUCUGCUCCCUCCACUUCCGUUCCCGGAGUCUACUUUCCGCAGUUCCAACAGGCACAGCAGCUAUUUCAAAGAGACGCACAGACGAUUACGCCUGAAGCACUAGAAAGUGUGAAGGCUGCACUGGCAAGCAGUGAAGUGGAGCAUAAAGCAGAGGUAAAGAAGAAAGCAAUACCGCGUAAAGCAGCUGGUCUAGCUUGGGAGGAUCCAACACUUGCAGAGUGGCCAGAAAAUGAUUAUCGUCUAUUUUGUGGGGAUCUUGGUAAUGAAGUGAAUGAUGAUGUUCUUUCAAAAGCUUUCACGCGAUUUCCUUCAUUCAACAUGGCUAAGGUUGUCCGAGAUAAGCGAACAGGCAAGACCAAAGGAUAUGGAUUUGUCAGUUUUUCCAACCCAUCUGAUCUUGCUGCUGCUCUCAAAGAAAUGAAUGGAAAAUACGUCGGGAACCGGCCAAUCAAACUACGUAAGAGCAACUGGAAAGAGAGAACAGACGUCGAGGCCUUGGAGAGACAAAAGAAACAUAUCCAGAGAAAAACAAAACUACCGAAGAAAAGUGUCUUGCACAAGUGAGGAUCAUUAAACAAGAAAAUGAACAUAUAUGUUUUUGCUAUUAUGGCAUGUUUUGUAAGCCUUUUGUAUUGAAUUAAGAUUCAUAGAGUGUUUUUAUGUUUUCAAGUGUCAGGAUUUUAUCCUUCUACAUAUUAUUCCCCAAAAUUCUAGAUUUUUUUAUUGUUUCAUCGUGAUAAAAUUUUAAGUUAUUUUUA